ACAUCCGUUGCCAUAUAAAAAGCCGAAUUCCCAGCACUCGAGCAGCUCAAACGUAGAACGAAAAAAACUCGCGAUGCACAAACGGAAGCUGGCAAUUUGUUGGUCUCUGAACGGAUUGCUCCUGUUGCUGCUGGCAGCUCCAUUGCACGGCUUUAGCACUCAGUAUCGCGGCAAUACGCAGCAUCCCACCCUAGCGGAGCAUUGCUACUAUGCGGAACUGGAGCUGGCCGUGCCGCGCAAUGGCACCGUCUUUCCGUUGGAUCGUCUCGAUUUUUGUGCCCAGGUGUAUUGCCGUGAGGACUAUGUGCUCAUGAUCAAGCACUGCGAUCGCAUGCAACUGGCCGAUGGAUGUCAUUUUACGCCCAACGACUAUACAAAACCGUAUCCGGAUUGCUGUCCCACGCGUAUUUGUUCCGGCGCUUGAUUCCCCCAACUUUUGACAAGAGCAUCCAGACACGGGCCACGCUAUAUAUAUAUAUAUAUAUAUAUAUAUUUUCAGUUUUCCUGGCACUUACAAUAACGAUUUGCAUAUUUAACCGGAGGAUAAAUAAUUAACUGGAAAAUAUUAGAGGAUGAAAUACAAUUCUUCCUUAAAACUCGAUUCUAGACUAAAAAUAAAAGUGAGAAGGAUAUAUACUGAAAAUAUACUAAGAAAAAAUGG